AUGAAGAGACUUCUGCACAUUUUGGGGUGGAUCUCUCAGAAGGAUAUGCACAAGUAUGAGAAGGAAGCCAAACAGCAGGGGAAAGGCUCAUUUGCCUACGCAUGGGCAUUAGAUGAAAGCGUUGAGGAAAGGGAAAGAGGAAUAACUAUGGCUGUUGCAGUUGCUCGUUUUGAAUCAAGGAAAUUUCAUGUUGUUAUGCUUGAUUCACCAGGGCUUAAAGAUUUUGUCGCAAAUGUGAUAUCUGGUGCUACACAAACAGAUGCUGAUCAUGCUGUGAUACUUGUUGUCGAUGCAUCUAUUGGUUCUUUGAGCAUUCUUAUAUCUGCAGAUGAUGAUGAAGAUGUGCAUUGUUAUAUCACAGAUGAUGGUGAAGAAGACGUGGUAAUAGAGCUUCACAGGGACCUGGAUGCUGUAACUUUGCAAAUGAAGGAGGAACUUGAAUUUGCAAGGGAGAAAAUUCAUAAAUCUCAACUUGAAUUGGAGCGCUUCAGACCAAAGGAGACUGAAUUGAUGGCCACAAUUGCUGAGCUAGAAGAGAAAGUGUCACAGUCAUCCAAAACCAUGAGUAAAUUUGAAGAUCAAAAGGGAAAAAAAGAUGAAAUUGAUGCUCUACAUGAAGAUAUUGAGAAGAAUUGCAAGCCUGUGGAAUCAUUGGUGAUCCAAAUAAGGCUGCUCCGUGUUCAGUUGGUUGGGAACAUUGUGCAGGUGCAGUCAUCAUUUAGUGCUGUUGAGUGCUCUCUUGCUGAAGCCAAAAAGCAGUAUGAGAUGAUGCUGGAAGCCAAACAGUUUAGAGUCAAUGAGGCACUUAAAGGAGAUUUCUCAAAGAAAUGA